GCCUGGUGCACUGGCUGGUGGGAGUUCCUGGUCGCAGGCAUGACGACGCUCGUGUGGUGGCUCCUCAGCGUCGUGGGGCGGAGGUGGUGGACUAGAGCGCUCUCAGUGGAGCCUGGGGUCUGCCGAUUCGCCGGCGACGACGUCGAUGACGUAUGGGUGCAGCUGCACUACGUGGCAGAGGGCGGACGGGUCAUCCUGUCCCCAGAGGUUGACAUCUACGUGGAGGACAUGAGCUGCGGCAGGGCCGAGACCUGGCCUGCCCGACCCAUCCCGCUGGCGCAGCGGAUGGGCAGGAUGCGGAGGCUGUAUCGCUUCGAGGAGGCGCUGGGGCCUGAGAAUCGGGCCAAGACGUUGACGCGGGGCCGUCAGGCGGCGCUGGAGGAAGAAGCGGCGUCGCCUGAGCCGAGGGAGGCCGGGGCCGUGAGCGGCCAGCGGGUCUCGUGGCAGGAGGACGCUGGUAGGCGGCUGGCCGCGGAGCGGAGGGGCCUGCUGUACCCGAGCAUGGCCGUGGCUCGCCGGGCGGGGGCGCCGCUGAAGGCUCCUGCUGGGGGUGACGCCUGGGUCGGCCGCAGUGGCGUGCCCGACGAUGAGAUCGGGGCGGAGGUCGACGUGGCGAAGACUGGAGGCCUGAGCUUCGAGGACGGGCCUGAGGCGUUCGGUGUGUUGAGGUCCGCCGACGGUGGCACGGGGCGACUCGGCCGGCUGGACGCGGGGUCGGACGCUGGGCGCCUGGCAGAGGAGGAGGCUUUCAGGCAUGGCCCAAGCAGGAGCCAGGCGCGUGCCAAGGGCCCCGAGCGCCGACGCACUGCGGCCGCGGCGCCGCUCGAGGAUGAGGAGCCCGCCGGGCCCCCACGCGGCCCAGCUAUGCCAGAGCUGGCGCAGCCGCUGCUGGCGGGGCCGCAGGGCGAGCAACGUGACGCCCUCGCCCGCACGCUCUGGGUCUUCUACGACGAGCAGGGCGGACGGGACAGACGAUGGCGAGACGUGGUAGGCGAGUCGAGGCAGGGGCGCCGCCCAGACGCACGGGUGGGCAGACCGCCGGGGGCUCUCCACAUGCGCGAGCACAUGGUGAGGCACGGAGGCGACCUGCGGCUCGAGCCCGACCUCACCGUAUGCGUGAGGGGCCGUGGGGAGAAUGACUGGGUGGUGCAGAAGCUGAGGACGAUCGUGGAGGCCUGGUACCAGGGCUUAUUACGUGUCCAGCUGAACAUGAGCGGCCUGAUGAUGGUGGGGAAGAUGACUCACCGCGGGUCCGCCACGCGGGAGGCCUACGGAGACCUGCUCAAGCCGAGCUGGACGAACGCGGACAUCUUCGCGGACGUGAGCUCGGAGAAGGACGUCUCGGGGUCAGAGCUCAGGGGCUACAUCCACCAGGGGGCGCAGAAGACGUACGAGGUGGAGCAGGCGCAGAAUCGGGCAGCCCGCAGCUUCCUGCCGCCCCCGCUGCUGGGCGACGCUGGCCGCCGAAUUCGCGGCAGGUCUUGCAGGGCGAGGCAGUUCGGCCGAGAGAGUCGGAUUGCGGCGGAGGUCAACGGUAUCGUCGAUGCCGUUAACUGGACGUCGGGGUACGACUCGCUUCCUGGCCCAGCCAAUGACAUGCAGCGGGAUGUACUUGCGCGCUUCGAGGGCCUCGUUCGGGGCCGGCAGCCGGACGCCAAGUUGCAGGAUCCGCAGGCGGCCCUCCGGGAGCUGCUGCGGGGGCUCGUCAGCAUGCCGAUGGACGUGAGCGACUGCCCGCGUCUAGAGGACCUCUUGCCUGGCGAGGCCCUUACUUUCCUGCAGGAGCGCCAUGAGCGCAUGUUGCGAGAGUCACCCUUGCCGACUGACGUCGAGCCGUACUUCGACUCGGUCCUCAAGUUCAACCACAAGGAGUACCGCGGCCUGGUGCGCCGGCUGCUAUCGGACCCUCCUGGGGUGGAGCUUUUGAGCAGCGAGGGCCUUGCCAGAAUCGAGGUGCACGUGCCAGACGCGGGCUUCUCGAAUUACGAGGACCUCCGCGCCGCGCUGGAGGCGCAGCAGGUGUACAUCGGCAUGGCGGACGUGAAGGACUGCUUUCAUAGGAUGCGUAUUGAUUCGGCCCUCUCGCAGUACUUCUGCCUGCCGCCGGUCAUGGCUGGGGCUUUCGGCGUGACCGAGGUCGAGGGGACCAAGGUGCAGACGUCGACGGCCAUCUACCCUUGCUGGCAGGUGCUGCCCACGGGCUUCAGCUGGUCCCUCUACUUCGCCCAGCGGGCCAACGAGGAGGUGAGCCGCCGCAGCAGCGCGCUCCUUCGGGGGCCCGGUCUCUCAGACCAUGGGCCUCCGCUCGUGUUCGCGCCGGGCAGAGCGUCCCAGGAAGUCAGGCACUACGUGUAUGUUGAUAACUUGGGGGUCUUCUCGCUCUUCUCUGAACUCGUGAGCGGCGUGAUGAACCAGCUGACAGGCGAGUUCACCAAGCUGAGCCUACUGCUGCACAAAGACGAGCUGGUGCCGGACAAGGCAGUAGCGCUGGGCACGGAGAUCGACGGGGGCCAAUUGCGCACUCGCGUGACCAGUGAUCGGUUCUGGCGCUGCCGCCAGGCCGUGCGAGGCCUCCUAGCCCGCCGCCGUGUCAAGGGGUGGGCCGUGGAAGCAGUGCUGGGCCACCUAACCUUUUGUGGCCUCUGCUCGCGCGGCACCUUGUCAGCCUUCAAUUCAGUCUACGGCUUCGUGCGAGCCCACUACGACGAGGCGGCCGUGCUAUGGACUGAGGCGCGGCAGGAGCUGACGGCCUUCAGCUCUUUGAUGUACUUCCUGGAAUCAGAUUGGUGGCUACCUUGGAAUCCCUUGGUGCAGCAGUCAGAUGCCAGUCUUCACGGCUACGGACUGGCAAGGGCCUUUUGGCCGCGGGAGCUGGUGGAGUCAGUCGGGCGCGUGCCUGAGCGAGCCCGCUUCCGCCGGCGCUGCGCGCACAGUGCCCGCGAGGCUGCGCUCUGUGCAGCUGGUUUCAGCAUGAGCGAGAGUGGAAAAUGGGAACUCAAGGGCCUUCCUGAAGAUGAGGAGGAGCUGGGCCAGUGGGACGUAGUGAGGGACUUCCCGGAGGUGCCCGCCCGGGGGCUCCGCGCAGGUCUGCGGGAGCCCUGCUUCGCAAGAGCCUGGCAGCACCCUGAGGGCAUCCUGACCUUAGAGGCCCGAGCCCUGGUCAGCAGCAUACAUCGCAUCGCCACCACGGGUCAGGAGGCGGGAUGCCCGUGGCAGCUUGCCCCUUUGCCGCCAGUGGCGCCGCUGCCGUCGCCGGCAGCUCGGCGGGAGCACCAGCUGUGCGAGUCGGAGCUCCUGAAGACAGCGGUGCAGGGCCGUCCCCUGCCGCGGAGCUUGGGGCAGAUGGCGGAGGACCUGAAGGAGAUGCCUGUGCCAGCGGAGCCCGCUCAGGGAGUGCGAGAGAGCGACGGCUCCUCCGACAGCGGGAGCUCCGAGCCCGAGGUCGAGACCGACGCCGCGCGGCAGCCCAGGCUCGCGCAGUCGCACGAGCGCCUUGCCCGCCACUACGGGCCCCCUUACCUGGAGAGGGAGGCCGCGUGGAUUCCGUCGCUGCGCGAGUACCAGAGGGUUGCGACCAUUGGCGAGGUCAUGGAGAGCAGGGUCGAUGCCAUGGUGACCUCGGCGUUGGUGAGCCAGCUGACCGGACUGCACCAGACUGGGACUCACCCCUCCUGGGCCGAGAGGCUGAUGGUCGGCGUCCUGCACUUCAACCCCGACGGGUCGAGCUACGGUGCCUGGCGCCUCCCCCCGGGCUGGAGUUUCUGGACCCUGAGGCUCUCCCCGGAGGAGGAAGGCCCGUGGGAGAGAGCGGGCCUGGUGAAGGUGUCGCUAGAGUCAGACUCGCCCUGGACGCGCUUCUUGGGCCCUGUGCUGUGUCAGAUGAAGAAGGAGAAGCACCCCGAGUACCCGUGGAACUUCACGUGCCCAGGGUACCGCAGGAGGUUCAGCCUACGUCUCCAAGACCUGCCAGCAAGAGCCGAGUUGGUGCCGUAUCAGGUUUGCCUUUCAAGGGCCUUGGUGUGCAUGGCGAGGAGGUGGGGGCGGCUGGCCGAGGUGCAGACACGCUGGCAGUGGAGAGCCAAGCGCAGCGUCGUCCGCUACGAGAAGCACGCGCGCCUGGCAGCGACGUGGUCAACUCGGAGCCGCACGGUGCAAAACGUGUUCCUGGUCUGCGGGGUUCAGCUCGCGGACAUCAUUUCGGAUCGCGCCUCGCCGCUCGACUUGCGGGAGCUCGGCCGCGUCUGA